AGUUUUCUUUCCCCUGAAUCAGUUUUAUAAAGCUCUUUUUCCGUUUCGGAAUACUAAAGAGUGAGUAGUUUUCCGGGUUUUUCCGAUUUAUUUUCCCCGUCAAGCCUUGCCGGCGUUUUGAACGGUUUUUCCCAAAUCAAGUGCCUAAUGUAAACAAUCAUCGAAGAAGAAUAAACAAUUUGAACUGAUUAACUUCUAAACCAGAGACAAGAGUGUGCCAGAGAAGCUGCAUUGUGGAAUUCCCGUUGAGUAAUAGAUCAGUCCUCGAAACAGGAACGAACCCUGGAUCGAACGAAAUCUAUGAACUGGACCGUUCCCCUGCCAUCUUCCGCCGCUGUCGUUCGUUGUUCGAUUCCAUGACAACGAAAUCCAUCCCGAAGCAUCAUCAACUGCCCCACUACUGGAACCAUCAGCACUACCACCGCCACAGUGCCGAAAUCAGUCGAAUCGACCACAACCAAUCCGGUGAAGAACGUUGGACGGGUUUUCUUACUGAGUGGAGCGUAUAGGUAAUUGAAGAUCGAAGGCUAACACCCUUCCGGAGUAGUCCGGCGUAAUAGGCGAGAUAGCAAUGGUCCAACAGUGAUCUCCGCGGCUUCUAUCGGCGCAGUGAAACCAGUGUAGAAACCUCCAAGAGGAAAAGUACAGAAACAGAUAAAUCUUGGUUCAUCACGCAGCAUCAAUCUACCGGUUGCCUUCUGACCGACCGCAGAGAAGAUCGCGCAAUUUAGAAGAAGAGUUUUUGUGGAAAAAAAAGAAGGAGAGUAGUGGAAUUUUCUGUUUGUAUGUGCACGUGGCGAGAGUGAGAAGAAGAGAAGAGUAGAGAACUUAGAGUAGAAGAACACUGGACCAGAAGCAUCCACAGCAGCAACAAUGUUGAAAUUUAUACGAGGAAAAGGCCAACAACCUUCGGCCGAGCGGCAGAAGCUGCAGAAGGAACUAUUUGCAUUCCGGAGGACGGCCCAGCAUGGCUUCCCGCACAAACCGUCGGCGGUGGCGUACGAUUCGAUUAGCAAAAUGAUGGCCAUCGGAACCAACAGUGGAAUCAUCAAGGUAUUCGGCAGACCCGGUGUCGAGUUCUACGGUCAACACCCCGCCACGACGAAUGCAACCGAUUCCAUAGUCCAGCUGCUCGAAUGGAUCCCCGGAAGCGGCCGCCUGCUGUCUCUGACGGCAUCGAAUCAGUUGAUCCUGUGGGAACCCACCGGAACGGUACUGGUACCGAUCAAGACGCUUCCAUUCGAUGGUAAGCUUAAAAAGAUUUCAUCCCUAUGCUGUUCGUACAUGAAAGAUACGGUAUGGAUUGGCACCGAGGGUGGUAAUGUGUAUCAAUUCGAUAUCAAGAGUUUCUCCGUACGGGAACCGGUCAUCUACCACGACGUGGUGCUCGAACAGCUGCCACAGUCGUACAAGCUGAAUCCGGGGGCGAUCGAAUCGGUGAAACAGUUGCCCAACAAUCACAACCAACUGUUGAUUGCUUACAACCGAGGCCUGACCGUGUUGUGGGAUUUGGAAGCGUGCAAUGUGAAGCAAUCGUUUAUUUCGCCCGGCCACGGACAGAGCGUUGGGUUGUACAUUUCUCCUUGCGGCACACAGUUCACCUGGUACCAUGGGGAUGGUUCGUUUGCAACGUGGGAUUUGGACAGUGUGAUUCCACCGGAGAACCAAAAGUAUGUCCCCUACGGUCCGGAUCCGUGCAAGGCAAUCGAUCGAUUGAUGCGCGGAAAGCGAGGCCUCUGCGAGCUGGUGGUAUUCUCCGGAGGAAUGCCAAGAUCCGCCUACGGAGAACACCAGUGCGUGUCGGUUCACUGUCGGGAUGGCACGAAGGUGGCAUUCGACUUUACCUCCAAGGUUAUCGACUUCUUUAUUACAUUCAAUGACGAACGCCCCGAGCAGGUUGAAGUUCUAGUGGUUCUGCUGGAGGAGGAGUUGGUUGCGUACGAUUUAACGGAUGAGACCGUACCGCAGAUCAUUGUCCCUUAUCUACAUUCGCUGCAUGCCUCUGCCGUUACUUGCAAUCAUUUGGUUUCCGGAGUGAGGCCAGAUCUGUACGAGAAAAUUCUCCGAGCUGGGGAAUCCCAACUGGCAGAUUAUAGCUCCAAACCAUGGCCAAUUGAUGGUGGAAUGCUGCCGGAGACCAUCGAAGACGAGCGACAAGAGUACGACCUUCUAAUAACGGGUCAUGAAGAUGGUUCCGUUAAGUUCUGGAACUGCACCGACGUCUGUUUGACCCCAUUGUUGCAUGUGAAAACAGCUCCGCUGUUCAGUAACAGUGAGGAUUUUGACCAACAUUUGGCUGCUACCUCCAUCGAACAAUUAGACGAAGGAGAGCCUCCCUUCCGAAAGGCAGGACAGUUCGAUCCCUAUUCGGACGAUCCCCGUUUGGCUGUGAAGAAGGUUCAGCUGUGUCCGAUCACCGGAACAUUGGUAAUUGCCGGAACCGCUGGAAAUGUAGUCAUUGCGAACUUUGAACCGUCUCCGGAAGAACCUGGACCACUGAAGAUGACCACCAUGAAUUUGGUCAGCGAUCGCGAUGGCUUCGUCUGGAAGGGUCACGAUCAGUUGAAGGUCAAACGGCAACUGCUGGAGGAGAACCAGCCCAUCCAGGAGGGAGUAAAUGUGUUCAGCGUUCUUCAGAUCCUUCCGCCGGCUGCCGUCACAUGUACGGCCGUUCAAAGCCAGUGGGAUCUGGUUGCUGCCGGCACGGCUCACGGAUUGGUUCUGUUCGAUUACCACACCCAGAAUCCAGUGCUGCACAAGUGUACGCUGAAUCCGAAUGAUUUAACCGGUGCUGGUGAGACACUAUCCCGUCGCAAAUCGUUCAAGAAAACCCUCCGUGAAUCAUUCCGUCGGUUACGCAAGGGUCGCUCCACCAGGAAUAAUCCGAGCGCGCAGGCCGCAACUCCAGCGGAGACUCGUCCCAUUGAGCGCCAGAUCGAAGCCCGUGCGGUGGAUGACGGAAUGGGUUCCAUGGUCCGGUGUCUAACAUUCGCCCAAACCUAUCUGACCAAUCAACAGCACACCAGUCCGACUCUGUGGUCGGGAACGAAUUCCAGCUGCGUGUCGGUGUUCAUCCUGCACGUUCCACCCCGACAACCGCCGGUACAGAACAACGAGGCCAACGUUGAUGGAGGAGAUGUUCCACCGCCGAAGCCGAUCACCGGACAGUUGGCCAAGGAAAUCCAGCUGAAGCAUCGAGCUCCGGUCAUUGCGAUUUCGCUGUUCGAUCAGCAUGGAGUUCCGCUCGAAUUCCAACCAAAACCCGGACCGGGACCACACAAGGUUCUCAUCGCAUCCGAGGAACAAUUCAAGGUGUUCUCCCUGCCGCAGUUGAAGCCGAUCAACAAGUACAAGCUAACGGCGCACGAAGGAGCGAGAGUUCGUCGUAUCGCUUUCGCUACCUUCAUGUGCACCCUGCCGGCACAUCACCCGCAGGCAAGUCCAUCAAAGUCCGGACCAAGGUCACCUGCCGCCGAAUCUGCGACAGCAUCUGGUUCUCCAUCAGCCGAAGCGCUGAAUGCAAGCACUACCGAUUCUGCGCCGGCCCCCGAAGUAGCGAAACACUACGAGAUCAGCCUGCUCUGUCUGACGAACCUCGGUGACUGCUUGGUCCUGUCGAUUCCGGAACUGAAACGCCAGCUGAAUGCCGCUGCCGUACGGAGGGAGGACAUCAAUGGAAUUUCGUCACUUUGCUUCACAAACCACGGCGAGGCGCUGUACAUGAUGUCCUCGUCCGAGGUGCAGCGAAUCACCAUGUCCACGUCGAAGAUUGUUUCACCAACCGGUUACAUCGAGCUGGAAGAUUGGUCUCAACCCGAGCAGGAGCAAGCAGAACAAGCCGUUGAAGCUGAAGAAACGCCUGCGACACCGAAAGCUGACGAAAACGCUGCCGAGAAACCGAUUGAUGCACCUGCGACGCCUUUUUCGGUUGCCGUUACUUCUUUCAACGGAACUGGCACCGGUGCCGGUGGGGAGGGCCUCACCAACGGUGUCGGCAGUGGAGAUGACGCCUCACCGAACAAGGCAAACGAAACCAUUACCAGCUCCAUCGGGGACAUUACGAUCGAUUCGGUUCGUGAUCAUUUGAACUCGACGACCACCACCCUUUGCUCGACUACCACCGAGGAGAUUGUCGGUCGCCUUUCUGUACUGAGCACGCAUUCGAAUAAUGUGGCUUCCUCGGCGAAAACCACCGAUAUCACCACUCUCAACUCUUCCAACAUCAAAGAUUUGAAACACAUUGGUGACUCCACGGAAACGGCAGCCAACUCGAUGGUCAUCAAGUCGGUCAUCACGACCAUCAAGCACGGCAGCAGUCACGUCAACGGAGAGCACAAUUCGACCAGCACGACGGAGAACUCCAAGACGGUUACCACCGGAGGGAGCGUCGUUGGUGGCACGACGGUUUCUUCCCUGCUCCGAAAGGAGAGCCAGUUCUAAUGAGAUCGAACGAACGACCGAACGAAAAAAGUGUGAACGCAGUUCGUAAGAUAUGAUGAUGAUCGAUCGACGACAAGGAACCGGUUUGCUACUACCUAUGACCACACCACACAGAGGACGACCGCCCGACGAGACGAUUGUUGUCGUUGUGUUUAAGUUUGAGCUAGUUUAUUAAUAUUACGAUUAUCACUUUUAUCGCGACAGACAGACAUUCGCUAAUAGACAGGUAAGUAUUUUAUUCGAUUUAUUCUAGAAAUGUCCACAACGUGCGUUCGUGUGAUGUUUUCCAAAAUUAAUAUGUACUUGACACACGAAGCAGGGUGUACUUAGAACCUGAAGGCAGAGAGCGUUUUCCUUGAAUUCCCAUGGAAAACCAUCGAAAGCAUUUAAGCAGCGAAGAAAAAAACAACAAACACAAACUAAGAACCGUAAAUGCCUAACAACGUACACAUUACAGGACGAAUCUGCCUUCGUUUUUUUAGAACUAUACCGAUUUUGGUAACUGUGAAUCAUAAUAUGUUAAUAAUUUAAUUUCUAGCAGUUUAUCGAAUGUUGCAAGAUUUCCGAAUGUAUUUUAACCCUUACCGAGCAGCAGCAGCACCACCCCCUCCCGAUAAGAACGUCAUUUGCAGUUGAUUCGUAGCUAAAUCGAAUUUCGUAAUGAUCGACGCGUUAAAGUAUUACUAUUUUACCCCCAUCCAAAAGCAAUGAUCGUUUUGCUGAGAUGUGAAAAAACACAAUCAACCUUUACACAAACAAAAAAUCGGCAAGGGGGGGAGAAGACGUAAAACAAUGAAAAGCAAACGACGGUAUUUAUAUUAUUACUUAAAAACAAACAACAAAACAAAACCUAGCUGUAGUCGUAUUUUGGAUGCAAUUUACAUGCGUAAAAUCAGAGAGAAAGUACUAUUAAGAAGGUUUACUUUCGCCGCAAGCAAGCAGAGAAUGAAUAAAUGUCUUAUUAAGUUUAGUGAUGUAA